AUGGAAGUCCAAUCGUCCUUGGCAGUGCUCACCCUCUUGCUCUCAUUAUUAGUGCUUUUGCUUGCAAAGAACUUCAAGCAAAAGGGUCACCAUAAACUGCCACCAGGGCCAUGGAAGCUACCUAUCAUAGGGAACCUGCAUCAACUGGCAGUAGCAAGUUCACUUCCUCAUCAUGCUCUCAGAGACAUAGCCCAAAAAUAUGGACCCUUGAUGCACCUACAACUAGGUGAGAUUUCUGCGGUGAUUGUAUCAAGCCCCAAGAUGGCCACGGAAAUAAUGAAAACACAUGAUCUUGCUUUUGCACAGAGGCCUAAAUUUCUUGUUUCUGAUAUUAUGGCCUACGGAUCAGUAGACAUUGCUUUUGCUCCAUAUGGUGAUUACUGGAGGCAAAUGAAGAAAAUAUGUAUGUUGGAGCUUCUAAGUGCAAAGAAGGUUCAGUCUUUCUCCCACAAUAGACAGGAAGAGGUAGCUAAACUCAUAGGAAAAAUCCAGUCAUCAGCAGGUGCACCAGUCGAUCUCACAACCAUGAUUAACACUUACGUAAGUACUUUUGUGUCCAUAACAGUAUUUGGUAACAUAACUGAAGAUCGUGAAGAGUUUUUGUCGAUUGUAAAGGAAGCAAUAGAAGUGGCAGAUGGCUUUGAUCUUGCGGAUAUGUUUCCCUAUUUCAAACCUAUACAUCUCAUAACCAGAUUGAAAGCCAAAUUAGUUAGGAUGCAUAAGAAGGUUGACAAGAUCUUCGGGAAGAUCAUAAAGGAUAAUCAAGUAAAGCUUACUAGAGCAAAGGAAGGCAAGGAAGAAGAACAGAACGAAAAUCUUGUUGAAGUUCUUUUAAGAGUCCAACACAGUGGCAUCACUGAGACCCCUCUUACAACCGACAAUAUCAAAGCUGUUAUUUGGGACAUGUUUGCUGCUGGAACGGAUACUUCGGCAAAAGUAAUAGAGUGGGCAAUGUCAGAAAUGAUGAAAAACCCGAGAGUUAGGAAGAAGGCACAAGCUGAGAUUAGAGAAACGUUGAGAGGAAAGGAAACAACACAUGAGAACAACCUAGGCCAACUUACCUACUUAAAGGCAGUAAUAAGAGAAACCUUGAGGUUACACCCACCUCUUCCUUUGUUACUUCCCAGAGAAAGCAGAGAAUCGUGCAGGAUCGAUGGAUACGAUAUACCCAUCAAGACUAAAGUCAUAGUGAACGCAUGGGCAGUUGGAAGAGAUCCUGAGUACUGGCAUGAUGCUGAGAGCUUCAUACCAGAAAGGUUCCAUGCUACAUCUAUCGAUUUCAAAGGAACAGACUUUGAGUACAUCCCUUUUGGGGCAGGAAGGAGAAUGUGUCCGGGUAUGUCAUUCGGUAUAGCCAGCGUCGAGUUUGCUCUUGCCAAAUUACUCUAUCACUUUAACUGGGAACUCCCAGAAGGAAUGAAACCAGAGGAAUUUGACAUGGAUGAAGCAUUUGGAGCAGGGGUUGGAAGGAAAAACAACCUUCACUUGAUUCCCGUUCCUUAUGAUCAUCCUUCAAUCCAUGAUAAUGGCAAAUGA